AUGCCAACAGUUAGCGUGGGAAGAGAUCGUUUGUUCUUAGCCCUAGGAAAAUCUUACACUCAAGAAGAGUUUGAGGAUCUGUGCUUCAAGUUCGGCAUCGAGCUCGACGAUGUGACAACUGAGAAAGCAAUUAUUAGAAAAGAGAAGCACUUGGAGGAAGAAGAUGAAGGAGUAGGUGACGAUGAAGAAAUUAUCUACAAAAUUGAAGUUCCUGCUAAUAGAUAUGAUUUGCUUUGCCUUGAGGGGAUUGCUCAAUCCCUCCGCAUUUUUAAUGAAGAGGAGCAGACACCAAAAUAUACAGUUGCCAGCAUUACCAAGGACUCAAUGCUUAAGAUGCAUGUCAAAACAGAAACAUCCUCGAUUCGUCCCUUUGUUGUGUGUGCUGUUCUGAGAGAUAUUACUUUUGAUGAAGCUAGUUACAACAGCUUCAUUGAUCUUCAAGAUAAGCUUCAUCAAAACAUUUGUAGGCGAAGAACCCUAGUUGCAAUCGGGACUCAUGACUUGGAUACAUUACAAGGCCCUUUCACUUAUGAGGCUUUGCGUCCUGAAAACAUAAAUUUUGUGCCAUUGAAACAGGAGAAAAACUUCAGAGCUGAUGAACUGAUGGAGUUUUACAAGUCUGAUAUGAAGCUGAAGAAGUUCCUACACAUAAUUGAGAAUUCGCCAGUGUUUCCGGUCAUAUAUGAUUCUAAAAGGGAACGAUAUCUUGUCACGAGAGGGCAUAGAUUUGAGUCAGAUACAGAUGAGGCAGAAGCCUUGUGUUUUAUUUGUACAUGCCCGGGGAUCAAUGGAAUUAAAACUGUUUUAUCUCUACCGCCAAUUAUUAAUGGUGCACAUUCGGCUAUCACUCUGAAGACUAAGAAUGUUUUCAUUGAAUGCACAGCCACUGAUUUGACAAAGGCCAGUAUUGUUUUGAACACAAUGGUAACAACCUUUUCAGCAUAUUGUCAAAGAAAAUUUGAGGUGGAGCCAGUUGAAGUGAUAUAUUCUGAUGGGAGGUCAUACAUUUACCCUGAUUUAUCUUUCUAUAACAUGGAGGUUCCUCUUUCAUAUAUUACUGGCUCAAUUGGAGUCUCUUUGGAGGCAGAAAAGGUUACUAGUUUAUUAAAUCGGAUGCAAUUGCGUGCUGAGCAUUCCGUAGCUGAUGACAACAAAUGCAAUAUCAAUGUAUCGAUACCUCCAACAAGAAGUGACGUUCUUCACCCUUGUGAUGUUAUGGAGGAUGUUGCAAUUGCUUAUGGGUACAAUGACAUUCCAAAGAGAAGGCUCCCAUCGAUGAAGCCACUGCCCUUGAAUCAGCUUGAGGAUCUUAUCAGAGCGGAGAUUGCAAUGAAUGGGUUUACAGAGGUCUUAACAUGGAUUUUAUGCUCUAAUCGAGACAAUUUUGCCUUGUUAAAUCGGAAAGAUGAUCAAUCAAGUGCAGUGAUUGUUGGAAAUCCCCGUUCCUCGGAUUUUGAGAAAGGGUUCUGGGAUUGGGUUGGAGAGAGUUCCAAACAAGCUUGCCUAAAUGGGCAGAAAGCUGUCCGAACAAGCCUCAUGCCUGGUGCUUUGAAAAUUAUUGGACAUAACAAAGACCACCCUAAGCCAAUCAAGAUUUUUGAAGUGGGUGAUGUAGCACUUUUGGAUGAGAGUAAAGAUGUUGGUGCAACAAACCGUCGCCAUCUUGCAGCUCUGUAUUGUGGCACUAACUCAGGGUUUGAGCUUAUCCAUUCCUUGGUGGACAGAAUUCUAGAAGUGAUGGGAACCCCUUUUGUACCAAUUGGUGACAAUACGGGGUACUACAUACAGCGGUCAGAUGCAACUGAAUUCCUUCCCGGUAGACAAGCUAGCAUCAUUUACAAAGGGAAGCAUAUUGGCAAUUUUGGUAUCGUGCAUCCCCAGGUGGACGUUAAGGCAAUUGGUAAGAAAAGCUGGGUUCAUGAAUAA